UUCAGGUCCUGUUCUAACAUAAGAUAUACUUGCCACGAACGUAUACCCUAACAGCGGACUCUUCACGCAAAACCGUGCCUUUAGAUCUCUUACGCGUCUUUUUGUCUUGGAUAUCUUCACCUCGGGCCGGUGACAUUGGCGGAAGCAAAGAUGCUGUCGAACACAUGUUUGAUUUGUACCCCCAAUCGACACGUCGUCAAAGUAACUGCAAGUGCUGCAUCUCGUCUCAUGUACAAAUACUGAGUUAGCUCAUCACAGAUCAUGGCUUUACCCGCUGCUGUUCCCUCAGACUGGCACCCUUGUAAAGGCUGCGCCUGCGUAAACCACGCCAUCCCAUCCUACAGAUUUCCCGUCACAGACGCAGAUAGUCCCAUCGCUGAUCAUCCAGAUCUUGGGAAACUCACACGUUCCAAUGAUACACCCAGUCCGUCUGAAGAGAAGACUCUUCAGCAAAUGAUAUCCGAUUCUGAAAAGCGCAUCGAUAAGGCGCAUAUCCAGGCGUUGGAACUGCAGGAACUGAGGCAAGAGCUUUUACAGUCGAUCACACGCGUCGACGAGGAGCUGGUGGCACUGAAUAUAGAGCAGCAACGUCUCUCUGACAGUAUUCAAGAGCGAAAGCGCCUUCUUAGCGCUUUGCGUCUCAUGCCCAAAGAAGUUCUCGCUCACAUCUUCCUUCACGCCCUGGUCUUUCCCUUCCCACGGGUACAGCCAUCCGGGCGUUCUGGUGAUUGGUCGGUGUUUCCUCCUAUUAGAAACCCCCUUUUAUCAAUCUCCUUGGUGUCUCAUAAAUGGAAGGAUGUUCUUGCAGUUUUCCCCGAACUUUGGUCUUAUGUCAACAUUGUAGUCGACCGACUACCAUCCAGUAGCUAUGCACGGUCCAUCGGCAAGCAUAUAUCUCGCUCCGGUCAGUCCCCGUUAUCAAUCUCGAUAUCUCACGGGGGCAACACAGCUGGAGCUGUCGCCUUACCCGAUGCCGUCUUAACAACGCUCUUUACGGCCUGUCAUAGGAUCAGAUCCCUCCAUAUUCACCUCCCUGGAAGGUAUUUCCCUUCCCUACAGCAACUCCCGCUAUCCUUUCCCAUUCUACAAGAACUUUACCUUCAUUCUUCGUCGGAUACUGCGGAUGUUGGCCAAAAUCUUGAUUUUGAUUCUCUACCGCAUUUGCGGGUGCUAGAGGUCACGGACAUCAGCGACAUACAUUCAUCAUCUCCUCCUUGGCAUCAGAUCACUCACUUUUCAAACACUCAUGUACAGCCUGGACACAGCCCGCCUGUGCAUCACACUCUGAAUACUUUAACCAUGAUGCCUCAAUUAUCUGUCUGCCGUCUCUCCCUUGACUUGCAACCCUUGAUACACGGCAUCGCGGAGGAGACGACCCUAACUGAACUUACAUCACUGUCGCUUUCUUCUGUAUAUCGGCAAGGUUUCGGUCUCCCUCCAGUCAUACCCUUCCUACUCAACUACCUCACCUUACCUGCUCUUUCGGACCUCUCGAUAACGUGUUUGGUUGGUGUUACCUCACGAGACCAAGACGUUACAUUUAAUUCUAUCCGCCAUCUCCUUGAACGCUGUAAUAGUCCUCUAACGUCACUCUCCUUCAGUAACGGAGAAAUUCAAAAGGAUGAUCUUGUAUACAUCCUCACCAGCACGCCUACGCUCCAAGACCUGCGAUUAACAAACUUCGGUAAAGGGGCUUUGACUGAAGAAAUACUCGAUUAUUUUAAUCGUACCACACCCGCCACCACCACCACCGACGAUGCUGAUACCGAGUCCGAAAUCUCAGCCUUCGUUCCAUGUCUGCAUACAUUGCAGCUCAUCGGCUAUAUUGAAUUUUCAACGAAUGCAUUUAUCGAGAUGAUCCAAUCUCGUCGAACAUGCAACUCGUGUCACCUCGAGUCAGUGAAUAUUUGCCGGUAUGUUGAUUGGCGGAGAGAAAAGGAAGAAGAGGCUCUAAUUCUUAGGUAUCAGCCCGACCUUGACGUAUUGCGGUCGAGAGGGUUGGAUAUCACUGUAAGCUCACGAAGACCAAUUUGAAAACAAUACGUGUUGGAUUUAACGGAUUGCGUUGUGAUGGGCGGAUAUUGGGAUGUAUCUUUACCUACGUCGAUUAUGAUCUCAUCUUGUCUAUAGAAAAUUUUACGAAAGAAGCAUUAGGAAGAUUCAGUUUUGAAUAGUCUUUACGUGCAGAUACUUUAAUGGAACUUAAGUGCGUUAACUAUUGAAAC